CAAAAUAAAGAUUAGUAAAAGAAGAUAGACUUGAGCCUUGGACGUGCUUUGGCCUAAUAACCAGAGAGAGAGAGAGAGAGAAUGCAAUUACCUAUCCCCAAUAUUGUCAAGGAGCUAUGGAAUGCUUGGAAUCUCAGGAGCUGUAUUUUCUUAAGCCUCUGGCUGCAAGCAAUUUUAGUUCUAUUUGCAUUCCUCAGAAAACGGACCAGAAGCAAGCUGGUCCACGGGCUCAUAUGGUUUGCAUACUUGCUUGCAGACUGGAUUGCACCUGUUGCCAUUGGACUAAUCUCCAAGAGCGAAGGUGUUGGUUGUGAAGCCAAGGGGAAUAAGGACUUAAUGGCAUUCUGGGCUUCAUUUCUUUUGUUGCAUUUUGGUGGCCCUGAUACCAUCACUUCUUUUGCUCUUGAGGAUAAUGAGUUCUGGCUUAGGCACUUGGUUGGACUUAUUUUACAGAUUGUAGCAACUGCUUAUAUCUUCUAUCAAUCGCUUCCUAACAACUUUUGGGCUCCCACUAUCAUGGUGUUUCUUGUGGGAUGUAUCAAGUAUGGAGAGCGAACACGUGCUCUCUUUCUUGCAAGCUUGAACCAGUUUGGAUGUUCAGUGUUGCCAAAGCCAGAACCUGGGUCUGAUUAUGAAGAAAUCAUGGAGAUGCACUUUUCAAAUACGUUGGAACAGGUUGAAACACAAGUAGAUGUGAUGCCAAGCUUGGAGGAUGAAAAUCUUAGAAGGUCAUACUCAGUCGACAAAGCUCUCAUUUCUGCAAAUGGUCCUGAAUCCAAAGGUGAAAGGAAACCGUUAGAUAACUUGCAAUUAAUACAGGAAGCACAUCGUCUCUUUGAAAAAUACAAGGGUCUUAUUGUAGGCCUUCUUUUCAGUUCCAAGGACCGAGAAGAGAGCCGAGAUUUAUUUCUUACUAGAACUCCAGCAGAAGCAUUCAGACUAAUUGAGUGUGAGCUAAAUUUCAUGUAUGAGUAUCUCCACACCAAGGUGGUUGUGGUUCGCUGCCCAUUUGGGUACUUUCUACGCUUUAUUAGCUUUACGUUAAUCAUUGUGGCGUUGGGACUCUUUUCAAUUGAGCACCAGCAUAAUUUUCAUCAUGCUAGUAAGUUAGAUAACUUUGAUGUCAUCCUUACUUAUGUCUUGCUUGUUGGGGCAUUAGGCCUCGAGGCCAUAUCAGUACUAAUGCUUAUAUUAUCGGACCGGACCCUCCUUGCUGUGAAGGUUAGCAGGAGCAAACUCGUUGAAAAAUUCUUGAAAAGAAGAAGGUGGUCUAAGUCAGUCUCCCAGUACGAUAUGAUAAACUAUUGCUUGAAAGAUUCUCCUACAUGGGCGUACACAUUAGCUAGUUAUGUUGGUGCUGGGGGAGUGCUAGAGAAAAUGACUAUAUUGUUUUUUUCGCAUUCAAAGGAGGUUAGUGAAGCUCUUGAGAUCUUUAUUUUUAAGGAGCUGAGAUGGAAAGCUUCGAAUGCAAAGAAUAUAAAAGCAGCCAGGGAUGCAUCUUCGCAAAGGGGUUAUUGGGCUCUUCUACAGACUUCUAGCUGUUUCGAACUAAAAUGGAGCAUUGGGGAGUAUCAGUACGAGGAAAGCCUUCUUCUUUGGCACAUGGCUACCGAGCUACUCUACAUUGAGGACACUCAACUAAGUAUUGGUAAUGAUAGCAAUACUAAUAGAGAAACAUGCAAAUUACUUUCAGAUUAUAUGUUUUAUCUGCUUGUCAUGAAGCCUAAAAUGAUGGCCCCAGUGUUAGGCAAUUGGCAAAUAGUCUUCCAGGACACUUGUGCAGAAGCUAAGCGAUUCUUUCACAAAGAGUCAAACAAGGCCCCCAUAUCGGAUAAAGUUGAAGCCUGUAAACGAAUCCUUGCAGUGGAAACGAAAUACAGAUCAGUUGAAUUGAAGGGAAGGGUAAGCAACUCUGUGUUCUUUGAUGGAAGUCUCCUGGCAAAACAGCUCAAGGAGUUGAAGACAGACAAAUGGAUGCUAAUGAACCGAGUUUGGGUGGAAUUGAUGUCUUAUGCUGCCAUUAAUUGUAGACCAAUUGUACAUGCACAGCAACCUAGUAAGGGUGGAGAACUAUUGACAUUCAUUUGGUUACUGAUGAAUCAUCUGGGCUUUGGAACACAGUUCUACGAGCAGGAACGCCAAGCCAAAGCCAAAAUGGUCCCGCGAAAGUAAGGUCAGUGGGACACAAGGACUAAAGGAACCAAAAAAACAAAAAGAGGUGGAGGUGUGACAGUUUGGGAGUGGACAGACAAUUUUUGUUCGGACUAAAGGUGUAGGAUUUCAAAUCAUUAUUACCUUUCAAAGUUUCUCAUGUUCUUAUGUUCCUUUGUGUCUUUUUAGCAGCAUCUUUUUGUUUUAGCUAAUGGGCUUUCAAUUCCUUUACUUUGGUCCCAAUUAAAUUCAAUAAUGAAAGAUUUGAUUCACAAAAA